AUGUUGCUUAUUAUUUACAACUGUUCACAAUUGCGCACAACUAGGAAUAGUCUUGGCGGUUCUCUGAAUGUUAUUACAAUCAUGCGUGCCAAAAGGCAUCCAACGGUAAUGCUUUCUUGUGAUUCAGAUCACGAUUCUAAUAAGGAGAACUGUACUCAUCCGAAGCCAUUUAGUUUUGAAGAUCGUGAAUUAUCUUUGAUAAAACGCAGAAACGAACGUAUAGUCCAAGCAGAAUUACAUGCUAAUUUGCUUGCAAAUUCAUUCAAAGCUCAACCUAUGAGGGUUGGAUCACCUGAUCGUCUACCUCCACGUGUUGUUCAUUCUCCGGUUCAUCCAAUUUCAUUUCACUCAUUCACUGAAGAAAGAAUAGCACUUCACAGAAGCAGAAGAGAGGCUAGUACAUCCGCUGAGGAGUCUAUAAUUGCAAGAGGAAGAACUAAAUCCCCAUCAGUCAUUUACCGAACACCGUUUAUUCCGACUUUUCCAGAGCGUUCUCCAAUAGUUGCUGUCCCCCCUAAAUUAGCAACCGUGGAGCGCGCAAUGUCAAGGUCGAAAUAUGACGAUGAAGCCCAAAGGAGAAGAGAUAUCCUCCAGCAACAAUCGGAAGUCAUUAGACUUAAGAGAAUGGAGGACGAGGCCAAUAAAAUAAGACAGAUUCGCAAAGAAUCUGUACACAAACCGGAACCGAUAAGGCGGUAUAAAACAAUCAAAUCUCCCACGCGCAAACCCCCAACGGUACCCAAAUCCCCGGUGCUAUCAACGUUACGAAAGAGAAUACAUAAACAUAACGAUAUUUAAUUGAC